AUGGUCCGCACGAUUGCGAUGGAUGGAACUGAUGGCUUGACACGUGGGCAGAAGGUCAUUGACACCGGCGCCCCCAUUACCGUGCCUGUGGGUGAGCAGACGCUGGGCCGUAUCAUCAACAUCAUCGGUGAGCCGAUCGAUGAGCUUGGCCCCAUUGAUACCAAGAAGUUCUAUGCCAUCCAUCGCCCAACUCCAACCUUCACAGAGAUGAACACCACAGCGCAGCAGCUUCUCACAGGGAUCAAGGUGGUGGACCUGUUGGCGCCGUACGCCAAGGGUGGUAAGAUCGGCCUCUUCGGCGGCGCCGGGGUCGGCAAGACGGUGGUGAUCAUGGAGCUGAUCCACAACAUUGCUCUGAAGCACGGCGGUUACAGCGUCUUCGCGGGUGUAGGUGAGCGCACACGUGAGGGCAAUGACCUGUACCACGAGAUGAUGGCCAGUGGAGUGAUCAAGAAGGACAAGGCCCCAGGAUCCAAGGCUGCGCUGGUGUACGGCCAGAUGAACGAGCCGCCUGGAGCGCGUGCACGGGUGGCCCUUACCGGCCUCACCGUGGCGGAGUAUUUCAGAGACGAAGAGGGUCAGGAUGUGCUGCUCUUCGUGGACAAUAUCUUCCGCUUCACGCAGGCCGGCUCCGAGGUGUCUGCCUUGCUCGGCCGUAUCCCCAGCGCUGUCGGCUACCAGCCAACGCUGGCCACCGACUUGGCCUCCCUACAGGAGCGUAUUACGACCACGCAGAAAGGCUCCAUCACGUCCGUGCAGGCAGUGUACGUGCCCGCAGAUGACCUCACGGAUCCGGCCCCCGCUACUACCUUCGCCCAUCUGGACGCCACGACGGUGCUGUCGCGGCAGAUCGCCGAGUUGGGAAUCUACCCCGCAGUGGAUCCACUGGACUCGACCUCCCGUAUGUUGGACCCAUCCAUUGUGGGCCAGCGCCAUUACGACAUCGCACGAAGCACGCAGAAGAUCCUCCAAGACUAUAAGUCCCUGCAGGACAUCAUUGCCAUUCUUGGCAUGGACGAGCUUAGCGAGGAAGACAAGCUGACGGUGGCACGAGCCCGAAAGGUGCAGCGCUUCCUGUCACAGCCCUUCUUCGUGGCCGAGAUCUUCACGGGCACCCCCGGGGCCUUCGUGGACCUGGAGACCACGAUCAACGACUUCGAAGAAGUUUUGUCCGGAAAUUGCGACGACAUCCCAGAGGCUGCCUUCUACAUGAUCGGAGGCAUGUCGGACGUCAAAGAGAAGGCGGCGAAGCUGGCUGCAGUGGCCGCUGGAAAGUAA